GCUCCGUCAUGACGUCAUGACGCUCGGCGUGCGAGCGUGAUCAGCAGAACCUUGUGAAGACAAACUGGGCAAGUGGAGAACACGCUGUACUUUACCUUAAAAACACUUUUAAAAUAAUGACAAAUCGCGAUUAAACCCGUGUCAUGUAGAUCUAUAAUAUCAGAAGAGCAUGUCGAUCACAGUUUGACACUAAAGUCGCGUUUUGUAUCGUUCUUUAAUCGUGUUUGAAAUGAAAGUGAGAGGAGCAUAGCAGUGGGGUGUUUGUGUGGGUUUGAGGUUACGGUGAGGUGGAGCUGUGCACACAUUAUGGCGAGUGUGCUGUGCAGGAGGGUCAGACAGCUGAGUCAGUCGUCUGUGGUUCUCACACUGGCUCCGAGGACCGUGGCCAUCAGAGGAUUUUCAGCCGCGGGUUCGUCUGGAUCAGAUGAGCCGUAUAUAGCUGUGCCAUCUCAAAACUCAGGUCCCAGGACAGUGUGGCCAGAUGAGACCAUGGGUCCGUUUGGGCCUCAGGAUCAGCGCUUCCAGUUGCCAGGCAAUGUGGGUUUCGACUGUCACCUGAAGGGUACCGGGUUACAGAUGACAGGGCCGGUUCACAGGAUGGUCCCGGACAUUUUAAGCACCCCAUCCAGCACAGAGAGACACGAGUUCAUCCUCGCUCAGUUUGUGAAUGAGUAUCAGGGUAAAGAAGUGUCUCUGACGGCGCAGAGAGUCAGGAAAGCUGAGCACUAUUUCAGUCAGUCAGAUGUGGAGUGUUCCAUGCAUUCCUGCCCAGAGCUGCUGAAGAAAGAGUUAGAGCUGUUCUUCCCAGUGCUGCCUGCGAGUCCCAUCACUGUCGUCACCGUAACACCCAAGAGCCAGAAAACGGCCACAGAAGAUCUACAGGAACUACUAGAUCAUUUUGUCAGUGGUGCUAAAGAAAUCUGCUUCACGCUGUGGAGAGGAGGAUACUGGGCCGAUUUCAUCAAUCCACUGUCAGGAAAAGCUUUUUUUGGCGCUCAGACGCCGGACUCUAUUCUACAGCGUCACGCUGGCUUUCACAUCGAGGACCUGGCGUCGUGUACGCUCAUACGCCACGUCUUCAAGGAGACGUCCACGUUUGUCUUAACGCUCAUCACUAACGCACCUUCCAACAGUCUGAUCAUGGAGAAACUUCAGGGACACUCCAGCGCUUCGGAGGACAAAGACUGAUGGACGUUUGCAAACCUGAGCAAAAUCUACAUACUGUUUCUCAUAGAGGAGAGAUUUUUGAAUACAAACUUGCUGGUUGUGAUGUUACAAAAUGAGCUUUUGAGAGUAACUGCUUGUUGUGAGCUGAUUUAAAACACACAGCAAAAAUGCUAAUUUAUAAAAAAUAAAAAAAAAUGAACCCGUUUAAAUUCAGAUGUGAAUCCACAUGGUGCUUUACAAAACAUCAGCAGCCUUUGAGAGAACGUACUGUCGGUAAAAAGUCGUCUAGAAUCGCGACGUCUGAAACAGAGGAAACGCAACUCGCCACAAUGUCUAACAAGAUUUUUUUUAGGCAAACAAAUCGUGCGCCAUGAUUUUAGUGCACUAGAACACUAUUGGAUGAACUGUUGAUUUCAGUUUGACUGAUUCUUGUCUUGUUGAACGUGAAUAAAGUUUGUUCUCACCCAGUGUUUGCAGAAGUUCCAGUAUGAACGAGUGGAAAAGCGGAAAGAAUUCCUCGUGUUCCUUCAGCUUUACGAUGAUACUGUGAAAUACAAUACA